GUGGACCAUAAAAGAUUUUCUGCUAUAUCAUUCCUUUUCUAUAAUACUUAGUGUUUAAAUUUGGAUUGAGUUCACAUAUAAUUAAGUGUAAGAGAAGUUAAAGAUUUUAAGAUGAACAUGAACAUGGAAGUAGAUGGGGAAGUGCGGAGGCACAAUAGCUUUACGAGCCCAAAUAUAUCUCGUGCACCGGUUGCAAAGAGAUUAGGAAGAGAACGAUGUCGAAGUUAUCACGCGCAAACACCUGAGGCUGAAAAAAAUCUAGCUCGAAAAAUUGCACCUAUGAGAAUUGUGCCUAAAAUGUCGUUUAGAGUGGUGCGUAGUUCUAAAUUUCGCCAUGUGUACGGGCAAGCCCUCAAGCGGGAGCAGUGUUACGAUAAUAUUAGGGUGUCCAAGAGUUCUUGGGACUCGACGUUCUGCGCCGUGAACCCCAAGUUCCUGGCCAUCAUCGUGGAGUCAGCGGGAGGCGGCGCCUUCAUCGUGCUGCCCCACAACAAGGUCGGCCGUAUCCCAGCAGAUCACCCACUGGUUGGAGGUCACAAAGGCCCAGUAUUGGACAUCGCCUGGUGCCCCCACAACGACAAUGUCAUCGCCAGUGGCUCUGAAGACUGCGUCGUCAAGGUAUGGCAAAUUCCCGAUGGCGGCCUAUCGCGGACGCUGACGGAGCCAGUGGUAGACUUGGUGUUUCACCAGAGGCGAGUCGGUCUCGUUCUGUGGCACCCGACAGCGCAGAACGUUCUGUUAACAGCUGGAUCUGACAAUCAGAUCGCGAUAUGGAACGUGGGUACCGGGGAAGUCCUGAUCACGUUGGAUUGCCACCCCGACCUCAUCUACUCGGCGUGUUGGAACUGGACCGGCAGCAAACUACUCACCACUUGCCGCGAUAAGAAAAUUCGCAUCAUCGACCCACGCAAGGGCGAGGUGGAGGCGGAGGCGAUAGCGCACGAGGGUAGUAAGGCUUCGCGCGCCAUCUUCCUAAAACAUGGACUGGUCUUUACAACCGGUUUCAGUCGCAUGUCCGAGCGGCAAUACUCGCUGCGCACCCCGGACGCGCUCGGCGAGCCCAUCGUGACGGUGGAGAUCGACACCAGCAACGGCGUCAUGUUCCCGCUCUACGACCCCGACACCAACCUCAUCUACCUCUGCGGCAAGGGCGACUCGGUCAUCCGGUACUUUGAGGUAACGCCUGAACCGCCGUUCGUGCACUACAUCAACACCUUCCAAACGCCAGACCCGCAAAGAGGUAUCGGCAUCAUGCCUAAACGUGGUUGCGAUGUCGCGACGUGUGAAAUUGCCAAAUUCUACAGGCUCAACAACUCGGGCCUGUGUCAGGUGGUAUCAAUGACCGUGCCCCGAAAAUCGGAGCUGUUCCAAGAGGACCUGUACCCCGACACGCUCAGCGAUGAGGCUUCUCUCACGGCCGACGAGUGGGCCGGCGGCGAGGACGCGGAGCCCUGCACCAUGUCGCUCAAGGAGCGUGCUCUUGUCGUACAGGGCGGCUACGUGUCGGGCCGCACCGCGACCCAACUCCACGUCACCAAGAAGGCCAACGCCCUCGCGGGUGCGAAGGAGAAGGAGCGAGACAAGGACAGGUCCCCGACGCCCGCGCACAAGAGGGACGACAGUCAGUGCGUCACGCCGGCCAGCGCGACGCCUCCGCCGGCUGUUACUGCCGUCAUUGAGAAACAGCUCUCCGACCUAAUGGACGAGAUCCGGAAACUGAAAUCCGUGAUAGUGAAACAAGAGAACCGCAUCAGAGCGCUCGAGGCCACCGUGAAGGAGGUCACCGUGAAGGCGCCCCCCUCCCCGCAGCCCUCCCCCCAACCCUCCCCGCAGCCCAACCACACCGAGAACAUGGCGCCCGAUGAGGUGUGAGCACGGCUGGGACAAACGAGGUCUGUUACAAAAGGUGUCGCUGGCUAAACAUAUUUGAUUGCUAUACAACAGGGAGACUUUUGUUAUGUGUAUUUUUUUAUAAAAUAAAAUUAAAAAUAUAAUAACAUUUUUGACGAGUUCGUUCAGAUUUUUAGGACGAUUUAGUUGAUAAAAAGGGAUGCCCUGUCCGGUACAGGCCUCGCUUUUUUUCUAUACCAACUGCUAGUGACAUCUCACGGAUUUCGGUAAUAAGUUUGAUAUCUGAUUUGUUGAAGUAACGUUCGUUUUUAUUUUACUAAAAUUAUAUUUGACAUUGUUUCGAUAACUAAAAAUAAAUACGAGGACGGUAUUUUUGGUGUUAGUUUGAUAGCAAUGCCAAGCGUUGGUGGAAACAUCUCAAACCUUACUGUCGUCCUGAAGAAAAUACAAUGUGUUUGUGCUAUAAUAAACGUUUUUAAAUAUUACUAGUAAUGAAAUAUGAUUAAUAAUAAUUAUUAUCUCUGUAUUUUUUAUUAAAAAUAACAGUCUCUGAUAAAUUAUCUAUGCAAUAAAUGUAUUUAAUCUUACAUACACAUUUUUGUGCAGUAAAGUUUAAAUAAAUAAUGUACUUUCUCUUUGGACGACAGGUGUGUGAUGUAAUUUCCAAUAUGCAAUAAAUUCGGUCAGGUAUUUAAAUAAUUUUACAAUUCAAUAUCGGUACCAUAACUUUGAUAAUUUGAUUUUACUUUGAUAAUUAUCAAUAAUUUAUGUCAUAAAUACAUAUAUUGUUUUGCCUAAACGACUCAAAUAAUAACGUUUUAGUCUGUUUUUAUCGGUUCCAUUUGACUUUUCGAAAUUAUUUGUAUACUUAACCGAAUCUAGUAUAUUUUUAUUUAUUAAAUAACAUUGUAAAUAUUAAGGUUAGCGAGUGAUACGCAAUAAUGUGCCUUAUUUACACUAUACAAAGUAGCCAUUUUGAUGACGUCACAAAAGUUAAAAAAAAGAACAAAUUGGUGAUGAUUUUUUUGCAUUUAGUGUUCCGUAGGUUUUACAAUUCGCCACUUUUGGCGCUAAGGCACUUCUAAAAAUCUAUAUUUCCCAAACCCUAUAAUUUUUCAAAUGUUUCAACUGACAACUGAUGAAUAUAUCUUAUUGUCCCAUCUAGGGUUUUAUGAUAUCUUUAUUCAACGUUUCAGUAUCAUUCACAUGUAUUUAGUUUUAUAAUAAUGUCGACAUUGCAUUAUGGACUUUAAAUUCUAGAUUUAAAGCUGUUUUACUUAACAUAGGCCUUGACAAAGUCUUAUGAAUCUUAUGAUAUGUUCUUAUAUAUUUUUGUAACUGUAUUUUGGACAAAAGGUUGAGAUAUCUUAAUGAUUAUUAAUAUAAAAAAAAACUUAUGAGCUUUUAAAUUACCUUUGUUACAAUGGUCUUAUUCGAAUAAUUUUUAAAUUUUACGUUCAUAUUGCAAUGUCGUCAAAAUCAGAGAUUGUCAAAGUAUUUGAAAUAAUUAGUUUAUUUAUUCGAUUUGUAUGCAAUUGCGUUUACUAAGAUUAUUCGUAACGUAAAGUAUGAUGACUUAUAAUUUAAAAAGUACCUAUAUGUAAUGAAUUAUCAAUAACUCCUACAAUAUAUUAUACUAUUUUGUAAAUUUAUUUAUGCAAGAAAUCACUGGUAGUAUUUAAAUUUGAACUGCGUUGUAGUAAAGUUAAACAUAUACUAGUUUUUAUUUUUUUCGUCCAUAUUUAAUUGUAAAAUAAUGUAUGUGUUCUUUCUUAUUUUACUAAGUGACCACGUUAUGGAUGUAACUUUUUCGUUCUUCUUUUCAUUAAUUUAUCAGUCAUCAUACCCGGCGUUUCUCGGUAUUUAGUGUUAAGAGUCCAGUAACUCGGUGCUUAUGUUCUAAACCCUAUUACUAAGGCGUUACGCUUCUAAUUUGCUGGCUCAAUGCAUUAUUAACUAUAACUAUUACUGCAUGUUAAUAAUACUCUUAGAAAUUUAAACUAUACAUAAAUGUCGGCAACACUCAAAAGCCAAACGAUCAGAAUAAAAAAAGAAAACGAAAAGAUUGUCAAUGGCAUGUAACUCGUUUGGUUGACAGUUUAAAUAUAUAAAAAGCUUUAUUUUGAACAAAAACAUUUUCUAAGAGUAUUGUUAAUAUGUUAUUCUAUUAUAAUACUAUUAUUCUUAUAAAUAAUCUAAGUUUGCUGUUUGUUUUAAUAACACUUAUUCUGGCGUCCGCCGUUUUUACUACUUUGACAGUUAUAAUCAGUCAUUUUUAUUGUGAUUUUGACAGUACUGAACCACUUUUGUUAACAUAAGGUGUAUUAUGAUUUAACAAUGAUACAUAUUACUAGUUGAUAUGUACUGGAUUGGUUCUGAUAGACUUAAGAAUUCUCAAUUAUUAAAUAAGUGAAACAUAGCAAAUUAAAACGCUUUUAAGGAAAGGAAUACUAAAACGCUCAUAGUCGCCAUCAGAUAUAUCAGAGCGGCCAAGACGCUCACAAAUAUCUGAACACGACACUAUUGUCAAGGCGUUAGAGUGCAUGUUCAGAUAUUUUUUAGCACCUCGGCCGCUCCGAUAUAUCUGAUGGCGACUGUACACCAAAAUAAUUUGAGAUCUGAAAUAGAUAACGCUAUACGCCGUUAAAGGGUUACUGUUAUAGUUAUUGGCCACUCUUAACAAUAAUACGUAUAUUGGCUUGUUUCUGUUUUAUUUCUAAGGAGUGGCCAAUUACUAUGUAGUGGCCAAUAACUAUAGGAGUCACCCUACGUUUUGUGGUGACUGGACUGUCAAACGAUAGCGCUAGUUACUUAAUGCUGUAAGGGAACGUACAGCACCGUCGACAUCAGCUGUCAAAAUUCCAUCUAAAAUAUUGAUAAUACGCGUAUUCCUGUCUUUAUUAUCCUAAUGUCUUCCUAUUUAUAGUACAACAUUAAAAAAUAUUGUCGUAUUUAUUCAGACUAGGAUACAUAUUAAAAAAAAAAAAGUAUCCUAGAGAUCUCUUUCAGAAAAACUAACCAAUCCAGCACAAUCACGAAUCACUCCAAUGAUAUCUAACAGUUCUUAUUGACAGCUAGUCAUGUCAUAAGCAACUGUCAUCUGACAGGUCCUGUCACUCGGCAGUAAGUAUUAUAGCGAAAUAGUAUUAUGAGGAUUUUCUUUUUUUUUCUAUUAAUUUAAGAUGGCGUAUAUUUUAGGAUUUAGAAGAUCAUGACAAGGCAAUGUAUGUGUUUUUUUUAUAAUUUGUAUGAUGCUUGUUUUUUUCAUUUUAUUUGAUGAUUUGUGUAAAUUAUUUCAUCUUUGUAUGGAGCUUUGUAUUUAUUGAAUUUUAUUUCGAUAAUUAACUGAUGUUAACUGUAAUUGUGACGUAACUCUGGAAACUAUUUGAUUUUCUUAAUGGAAAGAGACAGAGAUAGGAAUCACGCUAAUUUGUACGAAUAUUGUCUAUUAUUUAGUCUAUAUACAAGAUUAGCCAUACUUUACACCACGAAAUCGUGAAAAAAUUGUCUGUUGAAACAUUUCGGCUGCUGAUAUCUUGAUAUCGAUGUUUUAUACAUAUAGGAGAGCCAUUUUUUUUCGUGAUUUCGGGUUACUUUAAAUAAUAAAAGUUAUUCGAUAAAACUUUUAAAUUCACCUCGCAUAGUAUGGCUAAAGUUGAGAAAAAAAAAAACACUUUGUAUAAACUUCUAUUUCCGUAACCGUAAUAUGUAUAUUUUUUCGUCUCCACAAAUAAAACUACCAUUUAAACCUUACACUGUUUCUAAGUAAGUAUAAAACACCUAAAUACAUUGCAAACAAUAUCGAAUUCGCAAAACGGUGACAUGAGUUGCGUCGCUUUUGGAUAAUAACGUGUACAUUUGCCGCUGUUGACAUUUAAGUGGAGGGCCGAGCGAUAAGGGACCAUCGGUCUCCGUCGGUAUAUAAACUUCAUGUAGUAAAUGUAGCUAGGUUGAUUGUACUUUGUAAAUUACUGCGCCUCAUUCAAAUUACAUUAAGUUAUGAUAUACAGUAGCGGAAAAAAUGUACCUUACUGCUAUUUUUUGCAGGCAUUCAUUCGAGAAUUCGUAAAAUUAGUUAUCAAAGUGUGCCGCAAGAGAGGUAUGGGCACUGUGAAUGACAUCUCGCUUUUGUGGUAGGGCACUGCACAGCGGAUGUCAUUCCAGAUCUAGAGCAGAGCCCAACUGGGGAGGUACCUCCACCUUACAGAAAACCGCAGCCAAAUAACACUAGACCCUACUCAUAGUGUUGUGUUCCUGCCGGUGAGUAAGGUUGCCAGAGCUCGGGGGAGAGGAGUGUUAGGGUCGGCAACGCGCAUGUAACUCCUCUGGAGUUGCAGGCGUACAUAGGCUACGGAGACUGCUUAACAUCAGGCGGGCCGUAUGCUUGUUUGCCACCGACGUAAUAUAAAAAAAAAAUGAUAAUUAUCAAAGUAAAAUCAACCCACUAUCCGACCGUGACUGGUGUUCCCAUACCGAUUCGGCUGCUAUUUGGUGUUUUUUUUACCACCGCUUUAAGCUUUCCUACUAAAUAUAGUUGUUUAUAAUUAUGUCACAUAAUGGGAAACUAUGACUAAUUCGCCCAGGCUGGCUUGUGGUUAUAAAAAACAUAUUUUUGUUGAAAUAAAGAUAUAUGAACGGGCCUGAACUGUUGAAGCCUAAUGUAGGAGAAAAAUAAAUAAAAAAUAAGGUCACAAAAUUAAAUACUUGUAUUUUUUUAAGGGCACUGUCCCAUUGUGUGACUAUUAAAGAUUUUUUUUUAAUAAAUCGUGCAAUGAAAUCUGUGUACACAGCUGCUCAUCUUAUAUUAUUUUGUAAAUAUUUACUCCUUUUUUUAAAUUAGAAAAUGUGAUGUUACAAAAUGGAAAAUAGUAAAAUAUUUGAUACGCACAAUAAUGUAAGUGUUACCGGUGCCUUUAUUUUAUCGAGAGUUGAUAAAAAAAGGCCAAAUUCAUUAAAACUUAUGUAACUGUGUAUAUUGCACAUAAAAUAUCCUCAUGGAAAAGGUAUGAUUAUUAAUUAUAUCGAGAGCCUUUAUCUUUUGUCGACUCUCGACAAAACUAUUGCUAAAUAUAACAUUGUAUUAUGGUGCUUCCCGACCGUCAAAAAUGUUAACAAAUUUAAGGUUUAUAUAGCUCAAUUGUGCACUAAAUUUAUUUCAAAAUUCAUCUUAAAAGUGUAAGGCAAGAGUGUAAAUAAUUGAGGUUGGUGUAAAAUAUACCUUAUUUACUGAAAGUUAAGGUUGAAUUUAUGUUGACGGUCGGAUGGUAUUGGUGCUAGUGCCAAGUGUCAAAUGGGCGCGCGCCCUGUAGUUAGGCCUUGUUGUUGUGAAUACUCAUCAUGUUGCAAUUAUAAGAGUUGAGCAGAAAUAAAUGUCUAUUUUACUAUUUUCA